AUGCCCAACACAGCCCCCACGCCGUCGGAGGAUGCAGAAGACCGGAACGGAGGAGACGAAAGCCCCACAAUUGCCGCGCUGCUGGCAACCGUGCAGCGGGAAGGCGGCGAGGUUAUUGACGCGGCGGGGCGCAAUGUUGCCGUCAGGGAGGGCUUCGCUUGGAUCCUUGAGGCGCUUGCGAAGAGGGGCUUGGGGAAAGGGGCCGUGGCAGAGGGAGAAGAGGAAGAGAAGCGCAACGACGCGAGGGAGGUAGUAGAAGAGCGGGAGAAGGGGCGGGAGAAGGAGGAGGACGGGCUGGGGGACGGGCUGGAGGACGGGCUUAAUGCGGCUGUUGCGUGGAUUCUUGAAGCUGUUGCAAAAAGGAGGAAAGAGGGAGAGGCGGCCAAAGAGAGUGUAGACGAAUCCGACCUUGUCCAUGUCUCAGAAGAGGAAACUGCGAUACAGCGAGUUGAUUCUGAUGGAAUGUCAACUUCACCUCUGUCAUGGAUUGCCGAGUUGCUCCCAGGCAACAUCCCUGCGAGCGCACCGGUUAACGACCCCGACCUCGCAGAAGGCGCAGAACCACGCAGCGAGGAACUUGUCCCCGCCACGACAACAGACGAAGUAGAAAACCAGCUCGUCUCGUGGCUCUCGUCUCACCUGUCGCCCACGGCCACCAAAGAGGAGGUGCUGGACCAAACCGUAUCCUGGAUCUCCUCCAACCUGUCGUCGGCCUCGGCGAACCUAUCCACCAUUGCGCUGCAGGGCAUGCUGCAGCGCGGUUCGGACGUCGCGUCGCAGCUGUCCACCAACGCCAUGUUGGCCACGCUCAACGCGCUCAACGUUGAGCCGUUCGAUACCGUCGACACGCUAGACGAUACCCACCUCCCGCGUCACCCGUAUGAUCCUGUGCACGCGCUCACGCUUGCGGCAUACUCGUUCCGCGCGUACUUGGAGCCGCCUUCGUCGUCUUAUCGCGAGACUUUCGCGGCUCCAGUUGAUGGGUCUGAGCUUUCAGGCUUAGAUCGGCAGCUGGUGUACACGGACUUUGUGUAUCCGAGCACUGAGAUUAUUGCGCAGAGGGCGAAGGGGGCUGUAAUGGUGCAGGUUGUAGCGUCGGAGGGAUUGGAGGAGGCGUACGUGGUGGUUGAGAUGAACGGCGUGCUGGUGCUAGACCUUUUCAAGAAGAAGCAUUGCGCAAUGCUGUGUCAGAGGGACCCGCCUUCGUCUCGGUUCCGUUCCAUCGGGGGUGCAAGUGAUGAUGAGUUGGUCAUAAACGUGUUUCCAAAUGAGAAGGCAUACGUCGAGGGAAGUCCACCGAGUGACAUUUCCUUAUUCUCGCUUGCUGACCUUGUGCGACAGGGCCUGGAGAGCGGCAGGUACGUGGAUGAGGGUGAGUGCACGCUGAAAUUCCAGAAAGUUUUGAAAGAAGGGAAGGACAGGGAUUUCUUUCAUUUUUCCUUACUUCCCAAAGAGAUGAGGCUUCCGUUCCCGUUUCAAAGUGUGGGGAAGGACCCCGAGGAAAUUGAUCCGAAAUCUGUGGGGUCAGCGUCAAUCACGCUGCGUUUGUCGUUUAUACCUUUUCUGAAUGGUCCAGAAGGCGAUAAAAUGAAAGAGGUGUCAUCAUUGCUUGCAGACGCAGAGGCAACGUCGUUUCAAAAGUUGACUUCAACUACAGAAGAUUUGUCAAUUUCAUCAGUUCUCAAGGCAAAGCUCUCACCUGGACAGCUACCGGACCCUGGAGACUGGCGCAGGCUGGCAGGAGCCGUUAGAAAUCUUGUCGACGAUGACGACACCACUUUGGACAUCCAGAGAACAGCCACCUUAACAGAAGACUUGCCUAGUACACUAUUCAUCGAAUCAUUGGCGACCGAUACAGAAGUGUGGCUCUUCCACGAUACAGCCAACAAAGACGUUGUCAUAUCAUUCCGCGGGACAGAACAGGUAAGCUGGAAGGACUUCUUCACUGAUGCCCAAAUGUUUUUGCAACUUUGGGUUCCAGGUGUGAAAGUAGAUCUCAAUGUGGAUAAGGACCGAACAGUCGGUUUGGCGGACUUUAUUCCCGGAGUGCUGCCCUCUCAAGAAACAUCGAUUCCAGCAGACGCAUCCGCAAUACAUUAUGGUUUCCUCCGGGCAUAUCUAAGUAUUCGGGAUGCAUUGAUACGCGGUCUCAAGAUGGUGAGCUCGGACUUUUGUGAUGGUUACUCGUUUCACUUUACUGGGCACUCCCUUGGCGGAGCGCUUGCGAUUAUUGCGUCAGCAGAUCUUCAGGCACGCCAGUUGAUGUGUAACUGCGAUGUAUCAUGUAUGACGUUUGGAGCUCCAAAGGUGGGAAAUGUACACUUUGCUAGGAUGUACAACGAACUUGUGCCAAACUCAUUCCGCAUUGUAAACGACACUGACUUGGUUGCACGAAUGCCAAGGUCAAUUUCUACGAAAGCCCCAGUGAAUCGCUACCAACAUGCUGGUCGGACUGUCCUCAUCAGUGAUGACGGGGACUACUGGAUUGAAGGGUACAACAACAAAUCCGUCAUCAUGGCGAAUAUGAGCUCCAUUGAUGACCCUUUCCGGGAAAAGUACAAAAACCUGCAAGACCUCAUCAAUUUUGAGCAGAAGUUAUGGAACGAAUUGAUCAGCGGGCGCUCCGUAAAACAUCACAUGGUAAGUUGA